AUGUUUUGGAGACCUGUAUUAGAGGCAUUGCAUGAGUUUGUAAGAUGUGAGUCUGAAAUAGCCAGCAACUUGGUUCUUGAAAGAUCUCUGAACCAUGUGCAGCUACUUGAGCAAGUGGGUCGGGACCCCGUCAUGAAACAGGUGGGAGGGGAAAACCCAGUCACAGUAUCUUCUCUAGCAGCGAAUGAGAUGCGGCAGUCAGGGGAGAGUGAAGCACACCAAAUGGGUGAUGUCAGGCAGAAGACAACAUGGCACAGAAUAUCAGUAUUCCAACCAGGCAUGGUGUAUCACCAUGAUAUAUCAGUAUGUGGAAUGGGGUCCCAAAUUUAUGGGGAAAGGAAAGGAGACUAUGGUGAAUACACAGAUGAAAAUAACAUGAGGUGA